AUGUUUAUGAUUUAUUUUAUUUUACUUCUGUGUCAAGCAUUUUGUAGUAAAUCAAGCCGAUUUAGGAAUCCUAAACCAGAAAUGAUUAAAGAGAUCAUAAAUGAUUACAAUUAUAUGGCAAAUCUAAAUGAAUCGAUUUUAUUUUAAUAUUCAAAGUAUGUUUUAUUAAUAAUUAGUUAUUAUGGCACUUAUUCUAUGUCCUUAGUUUAAGAUAGCAAUAAUGAGAUUCCUUUGGCAUAAUCACUAGAUGGCAAUUUCAGUUAAGGAUGUCAUCCUUAUUCAAGAAAAAUUGCGUAAUCAUAACUAUAAAGUAUAACUCCUCUCUUAGAAUCUGAAACCACAGAUACGCUUAAAGGAGUAAUUACAUCUGUAUAUGCUGCAAAUCAUUUUGUAUUUGUUUUAAGGAGUGAUUUUAAACUAUUUAUUAUGAAAAUAGAUUACGAUAAUAUAAAUAUGGAUGUUUUAGACUUUUCUUAAUAUGAAAUCGUAGAUUUAAUUAAAGAUUUUGAUAAUGUAGAUGAAUCUUCAUAGAUGUUAAAUUCAGAACUUUUAUGUAGUCAAUACUUAAGAUAAGGAGGACAAAUAUUUUGUUUUAUCAUAAGUGAAUAUGGUAUAGUACAAUUCUCUUAUAAUUAAGAAGAGUAAAUUAUAUAUAAUAUAUAGGGGGAAAAUGAUUUCAAUAUCUAAAUUAUUUAAUCUAAAAAAUGAAUAAAUCAAUCACAUAUUUUUUAGUGAUGAAAAUAAUUUAUUAUUGAUAACUUAUCCUAAUGCUGGUGUUGAUAUCUAUAAAAUGAAUUCAGAUGGUUUUUUAUUCUUUUUAAACAAUAUAUCACCUUUUAACAAUUCUAACAAUUCUAACAAUUUUAAAUAAGCAAAGAUGGAUGAAAAAUCUAAUUAUCUUUAUAUUUUAAAUGAAAACAAGGGUGUUCAUAUUUAUAAUUUUGAUACAUAUAAUUAAACAUUUAAGGAGAACAAAAUGUAUAUUUACUUGAAAGGUGGUGAUACAUUUGAUUUUCAUAAUAACACAAUGUUUAUUUUAGCUUAAACAGAAGAUUAAUUACAAUAUGCAUUAGAAAUAUUUAUAGAUUUUGACAAUUAAUAAUAUUAUUUUAAUAAAAUACAUUAAUUUGGAUAGGAUGUAUAUGAUCUAUAUGUUGGGGAUAUGUUUGUACUAUUUGUUGGUUCUGAUCGUUUACAUUAAGUGAUUUAUCAUUCUGUUUAUAAAGAUUUUGAUGCUUAACAUGAAUAAUUUUAUUUCUCUGAUAUUGAUAUAAUUUAAGUGGAUGAAUUGAAUCCUCCUUGGAAAUAUUCAUUAUAUUCAGGUUAAGCAUAUGAAGAUGGAAUUUUAAGUAAAGUGAAUUUAACUUAUACAUAAACAUUUUUGGUAGGUAUAUCUGAAAAUGAAGUAAGUUUAUUUAGAUUAAGAUUGAUUGCUCCUUUGGUGCUUUGUACUGCAUAUGAAAGGAAAAAAGAAGUAAUUAUUUAAAACCAAUUUAGUAUUAUUAAUUGACUUUAAAUUCUACACUCUGCCCAUCAUUAUAAAAUAGAACUCAAAAUCAAUUUUAAUUUUGUUAAGUUUAAGCCAAUUUUAGUUUUGAAGGUGUUAAUGUUAUAAUUUAUGAAGAACAUUAAACAAUCUUUAUGGUAACAGAAAUAGUAUUAAUUUUAAUAAUACUGAUAUUAGUCAUAGCAUUAGUAUACUACAGAAGACAUUUAUAUAUACCUUUAAGUGAAUAAGAAGAAAAAUAAAUAGAAGAAUAUUCUAAUAGAUAAUUAAACACAGAAAAUAUUAAGACAAUCCUUUGA